AUGAAAUUGCGUGAAGUGUUCAUCCCUCUACUAGAGCCGGAACUGUUGCCCGUUGCUUCCAUGGACUAUCCAGAUUUACCGGCACCGGGCUCAGACGCUUGGUGUGACUUCUUGGCCGAAUGGAAAGGCAAUAUCUCCAAAUUUCCGACUCCUGUGACCGAUGAGCUGGUGCAACAGUGUCUUCUAAACGACGUCUCCCGGGAAUAUAUUGAGGCCACCCCCACCUACCAGUGGCUGGCUCUCGUGCUGCUAGUGAUACCGUUGGCGGGAGUUGUCGGCAACAGUCUCGUGUGCAUUGCCGUGUGGCAAGAGAGACGACUUCACAACGUGACCAAUUUCUUCCUCGUUUCGCUCGCACUCGCCGAUCUCAUGGUGUGCCUCGCUGUGAUGCCAUUCGGCGUGCUAGAACUUUUCUACGGUUAUUGGCCAUUCUCAACCUUCGUCUGCACCGUGUGGGUCACUUGCGACGUUCUCGGAUGCUCGGCGUCGAUUUUACAUCUGUGCUGCAUUUCGGUCGGUCGUUACAUCGGAAUUCGGAACCCUUUGAGGACCCGACAACGCACUCAGUACACCAGUCGACGGAGCGUGUUGACUCGAGUGACCGGGGUCUGGUUGCUGGCCUCGGUGAUCAGCUGUCCUCUGCCUCUGCUCGCGGCGCGGGAUAUCGACAACGUUAGGCCCACGAACAACUCGUGUGCGAUCAACAACCAAUUCUUCCUGGUGUUCGGUUCGAUCUGCGCCUUCUACCUGCCGAUGAUUGUUAUGGUCGUCAUUUAUUUCCUGACGGUGCGCGAGCUCCACAAACCCCCGGACCUGACGACCGGGAACCAACAGCAUACGCAGCAGUUGCAGCAGCCGACGCCACAAACUCCUUCCGGUGCUCACCCAGCCGCAGCCUCCGGCGGCACCGGCUGCUCAUCGAACGGCAAUCCAGCUCUGGCAGUGUCGUUCUCCCGGAUAACGUCGACGAAAGCGAACGGAUCGGCAUCAAGUACGGAGACGUGCCCUUGUAUUCUUGCAGUGCGUACGGCGCGAGCUUUGAACGAACGGCGAGCGACCAAAGUGCUCGGCGUAGUAUUCCUUUUGUUUUUCGUCUGUUGGUCGCCGUUCUUCGUGUUGAACGUAGUGCAGGUUCCGCUUGGGAGCGAUUUCUUCCCGAGUUACGUCGGCACAGGCUUUCUAUGGCUCGGCUAUCUCUCGUCGACCGUGAAUCCUCUCGUGUACACAGUCUUCAACCGCGUUUUCCGUUCAACGUUCUGGCAACUUCUGACGUGCCGUUGCGGUAAGAGACGCCGGCGAUUGCUGUACAGCAACACCGUGAGGGGCCAAAGUUAUGGGACGUCGAAGGACGUGGUGUCUUGGUCGUUCCGUUCCACGUAUCGUCACAGGGCUGACGUCCAAGCCCGGGAAACGUCUCCAGGACAUCAUCCGGAGAGACCGUGA